GACGCUGAAUAUUAGACUUCUAUGAUCAGACAUCCAUUCCAAGGGACCAGCUGCUCACGGAGCGACAGAGAUCCAAUCCCACAAGCCCAACUCAAAGAUGGCGGCUGGCUGGGUCGAGGAGAACCAAAAGAGCGACUAAAGCUGAUAACUGUUUUGGGUGCUGGGCUUCUCUGUGGAACUGCAUUGGCUGUCAUUGUUCCUGAAGGAGUACAUGCACUUUAUGAAGAUAUUCUGGAGGGAAAGCACCACCAGGCCAAUGAGGAACAGAAUGUGAUUGCAUCCGACAAAGCAGUAGAAAAACCACUUGUACAUGAACAUGAGCACAGCCAUGAUCACACAAGAUUACAUGCAUAUAUUGGUGUUUCCCUCGUCUUAGGCUUUGUCUUUAUGCUGCUGGUGGACCAGAUUGGUAGCUCUCAUAUGCAUUCUACAGAAGAUCCAGAAGCAGUUCGAUCCAACAAUUCCAAAAUCACUACUACAUUGGGCCUUGUAGUUCAUGCUGCAGCUGAUGGUGUUGCUUUGGGAGCAGCAGCUUCUACUUCACAAACUAGUGUCCAGCUAAUUGUAUUUGUGGCAAUAAUGCUACAUAAGGCACCAGCUGCCUUUGGCCUGGUUUCCUUCUUAAUGCAUGCUGGACUGGAACGAAACCGAAUCAGAAAGCAUUUGUUGGUCUUUGCACUGGCAGCACCUGUUAUGGCCAUGGUGACAUACUUAGGGCUAAGUAAGAGCAGCAAAGAAGCCCUUUCAGAGGUCAAUGCCACUGGAGUGGCCAUGCUUUUCUCUGCUGGGACAUUUCUGUAUGUUGCUACAGUACAUGUUCUCCCUGAAGUGGGAGGACUGGGUCACAGUCACAAGCCUGACUCUGCUGGAGGAAAAGGACUCAGCCGCCUAGAGGUGGCUGCUCUGGUUUGGGGUUGCCUCAUUCCACUCAUUUUGUCGAUUGGACACCAGCAUUAAAUGUUCAGGUCCCAGACUCUGUCCUUGGUCUUUCAGAAGUCUGAUGUGGAUAGCACAUUACAGCUGCUCAAUUCUUCAGUUCGUCAUCUUACCUUGCCUAGCUCUGCCAAUAUUUCAGAAGCCCAGUGAGGAUUAUGAUGUAAAACUCAAGAGUACUAGAAAUGCUUUUUAACAUAAAAACAUUACAUGUACCUGUAUAAAUCCUUUGGUUAUUUCAUGUUUUUUAAAAGAUCCCUUCAUAUUUGAGUUUUGGGAUUUUGAUUACUGUCUUCUCAGGAAAAAUGAAAUUUAGAUUUCAAGGUAAAGUAGAGGACUUAAUUGCUCACUUUAAAAUAAUAAUUAUUGAAGAUAAAUAUUCAGAAUUCAUCUUUUUAUACCUGGGUUAACACAUAUUGAACCUCUUUAGUUUAAGGGAUCUCUGAACUCAUUUUUGUUUUUAACUUGGUCUUCACCAUUUUGACACUGGUGCUUAUAACAUCUAUGUCCCUUGCCUGAAUUAAAUGCUGAAAGGUAAUUUAAUUUAGGGUUUGUUGAAAGAGAAAAGAAAAUGGUGAGUACACAAAGAGGAAACAACUGGGGUAGCACAGAUUAGUAAGCAAUGAAAAUACUUGCUUCUGCUUCUCUGUAGGAAAAGGUAAAAUCCCAGGAAAUGAAAUAUGGGGAAGUUUCCUUAUACUGAGGUGAACAGUUUUGUAAAAUAUUUUUCUCCAAGUUCCCCCUGAAAGAAUCUCAGCCUUCAGUUGGGAUUCCUGAGGAGCAACAGCACAGCUUUAGGCCCUCUCCAGGGACUUAGAUUUGCAGAGUAUCUUUAGAAAUGAAAAGAUACUAAACUUUAAACAAAUUAUGGAUACUAAGGAGAGAGAUCUCUGGAUCAUUUUUGAAGUUAGAAUAACUGAAUUCCAUGUUGUGAGUUUUCUCGUUUUUAAAAAGUAUUAAUGUUAGUAGAACAGCAGUCCCUAUGGUAAAAAUAAAUGGUGCAUCUUGAGAGUGCUAAGUAUGCUUUAAGUAAGCAUCUCUUGUGGUAAGGAAAAGUCAAAUAGCAUAAAUGAGAAGUGUUUUCCUUGUAAUUAAAAUCAUGUCUCUUGAUCUUUUCCACAUUUGCCUCUGAGAUAAAAGUUUUCCCUCUAAGUUCUUAAAGACAUCUUUCCCUUUUUCUCCUCCCCAUUCUUUCUAUAGUCAGUUCGGUGGUAAGGAUGCUCCUUAAUUCUACAGGAUUUAGUUUUCAUCAGGAUAAUUACUCUUUGGAUUGUAUUGAACCUUAGCUCUUAACUCUAUUCCCAUUUCCUCCAGAUAGGUAAUUUUCAUACAGUGCAAAUUAUCUAAGCCUUUAAAUGGAGAUUUGACACAAUAAUUAAAAUGCUGGACCUUUUUUUUUUUUUUCUUUUUUUUUUUUUUAAAUAAGCUGUAACUAUUCAAUAAGUACUCAGUGAGUUUCUGCCCUCAGUGCUCUGGAUGUUUGGAGUCCCCCUUAAUUCUUUGAUAAGAUUGGAAAAUAAAUGUUAUUGUAUUUUUAACUUUUAAUUUUAAUCCCAGAUCCAAACAUGUUAUUACAUAAAGAGAAACAAGAUUAUUUUCUCCAGGAAAUAAAUUUUUUAUCCCAUAAAAUUAUAUUUGGCAGAUAAGCUAUAAUAUGCUUGUGAUUUCUUUGCUAAUUAUUAUUAAUUAUUAGCUAUAUAUAACAAGGAUUUGUGAGCCCUCCAGGCUGCAGACCAAAUACUGAGUUUAUCUCCUCCCCAUCCCCCUUACAUCACUUAUACUUAAGUAUUCAGAAGAUAUUGUAUAGAAAAUAUGUGACUUUCUUAGCCAGACAAGAUAGAUAUAGGGCCUCAUCUUGUCCUUCAAAAUUACUUGGUUGCCUUGAAUUCUAUCUAACAUUGCACUUUUGCUAUCAGAUAAAUUGCACAAUUUUGGUAUUUAAUUUGGAUGGGAAUUGUAUUAUCUAGCUCUUGUGCAGUGAAUAGAUAUUCAUUACUCUGCUGGCCAAAGACCCUUUCAGCAGUGCCUUGCCAUCAUCUUUAUGAGUUUGGCUAGAAUCUUGCUAUGCAGGGCCUUGGACACGAACAAGGAUUAAACUUUUCCAGAUCUACCUUUAUCUUAAACCUUAACAUCAACCUUAACAUUUGUCAGGACUUAAUAGCUCCUAAGAACAUUGUCUGUAGUUCUUCUUAGACUUUUGUUUUUCUGACCCAGGAAUUCCUUGUCUUCAUUCAAGGUCAGCAGAUAAAAAUAGCCAUAAUAAAUUUGUAGAGCUCAAACACUUCAUGCAGCAGAGCAAUUUAACCAAUAUCUGUUGGUUUAAAAAAAAAGAAAAAAACUUUACUAAUGUGACACUUGCACUGGGGGAGAGGCCAUGAUGAUUUUAACUUAAAUGAUACAUUUCAAUUCUGUUUUUCCCUUAUUUUGAUCUGCCUCUUUAAAUGUGGAUGCCUUAAUACUAUAAUAGGUAUUAAAUCAUUGGCAAUAUGGAAGUUGCUGCCAUGAUUUUGGAUGGAAUUUCAGGCUACCAAAGAGAUACAUAAUGAAAAGCAUUGUUUUCCUACCAGUAGCUAAAGUUCAUUUUAGUUGCAGUCUGGCUCUCUUUAUGGUACGAGACUUUGCUCAGAUCCAAGAUUUUCUCUUGACUAGCAAUUUAAAUGAAAGUCUUUGAAUCAAAAUUAUAUCAAGUAUUAUCAGGUAGCCAUAUAUCAAUUGCUACUUCUUUUUGAAGUAUUGAUCCUUUGAUGUUCAAUUUGGUUCUGCUUUGAUUUUCCAUUGUUAGGUUGUUUUAGUGUAGACAGAUUCUUCACUGGAACACUGAGAAUUGGAAAAUGCACUACCUUCAGAGGCUGCAUGCUCCUUUUUCUUUCCCCCACCCCUUUUAUCCUAACUCCGUGCUCACUACAUCAGCCAUUUUGCUCUUUUUUGUGUUUUUAGUCAAUUGGGAAAGGAGGAAAAAUGGCUGCUUAGAAUAUCUAUUCCUUGUGAUAACAGAGAAAGCUUUUUUCCCCACCAGCCUAUACGCUGCCUGAUUUUCCCCUUUUAAAUAGAUGAGAAUUGGCAAGGACAACUUACCAGCAUCAGACUAUCUUAAGCACCUGAAAUACAUGACAUGUUGGUAGUGAGAUGCUGAGCACAGGAUUUUGAUCACUGUCUCAACACAAACCCCAAAGAACAUUCCUGCUUAUUGUGUGUAUAAAUCUGAGAGACUUAGGACACUUAUUGAGAACUGCUAAUUGGAGGAACCCUUUGUAUUUUUCUUACAGGAAUCUUCCUUGCAGUGCUAAAUAUGUGCCUAGUUACAAUAUAUUCACUGUUUCCAAAAAAAAAAAAAAAAAGAUGCUGUG